AUGACCUGUACAAGGCCUGAUUUAAGUUGGAUUGUAAGCAGACUGUCUCAAACUCUGUCAAACCCCAGAACGGGAGAUUUAAUUGCUGCCAAACAUGUCCUAAGGUAUCUAAAGGGUACCGUGGAUUAUGAACUCUGCUUUAAGAAAUCUGAUGCUGACUUGCAACUCACUGCUUAUAGUGAUUCAGAUUGGGCCUCUUGCCUGGAAGACAG